GCACACACGGAAUUGCACGGAGUUGCGCAGUAUUCCUCCUCCCGUUUGCUUUACGCGUGGGUGGAAAGCAUUGGUUUGUAUGGGGGUACUCAGUAGCGUGCCAUUAAUCACUGGGAUUCAGUUGCAUUGCUAUCAUCAUCGUACUCCAUUUUAAUUACCAUAUAGCAACCGCGAAAACAAGGAUACAGAAUUAAUAAUAACCAAAGAACGAAAGAAAGGAGGAAAGAUAAGAAAAAAAAACGAAAUAUUACUGGGGAACAAAAUCGUCCCUGUCCUCUAUAGCGGAUUUUAUAAAGACAAGAAAAAGAAAAGGAACUUGAAUAGUGGCAUGAUUUGCCGGGGCUGCCGUGGCCCGAGUAAUGGCUCAAAAUUCGUUUCGAACAACCACAGUGUGCAUCUGCAACAACAUUAUUUAGUUCGUUUGUUUCCCCGUGUGCCAGGUGCCCAUUCGAGGUUUCCCUAACAGCGAGGGGACCCUGUUAAAUUGCCGGUAGCAAUGAGAGAUGGAAAAAUUGUCAUGGUUGUCUGGAUGAGUCCCCCUUUUCUUUUGUGGGGUCUGACUCGGGGAACGGAGACGACGGCGAAAAAGAAACAGCGAAACAGAAGGCACGAGGGGUCAGGAAAGAGAAGAAGAGGCGAGGGUGUACGUGAUUCAGAUAGGACCCGGGUGCUUAAUGCCGGCUGGUGAGUCGGUUCCAACGAAGAACGCCCUGUGCAAGAGCGCGCAUUCGAAGGUGGAGGAAGCUCAGAAGAACGCCCUGUGGAGAGCGCGCAACCGAGGUGGCAGACGGAUUGGAAGAACGCCCGGCAGCGAGCGCGCAUCCGAAAGGUGGAGGCAAGAUUGGAAGAACGUCCUGUGGAGAGCGCGCGUCCGAGGUGGUAGAUGGAUCAGAAGAACGCCCGGCAGCGAGCGCGCAUCCGAAAGGUGGAGGCAAGAGUGGAAGAACGCCCUGUGGAGAGCGCGCAACCAAGGUGGUAGACGGAUCAGAAGAACGCCCGGCAGCGAGCGCGCAUCCGAAAGGUGGAGGUGUCACAGUUUUCGUCGCCGAGGAGGUGGGGUCAGAAUAUCACUACCGAGCAACAGAGUAUUCCGCGUACAACAAUUAAUUAUUACCUCGACGGGCAGGAUAUUAAUUAUUGGUUAAGUAUCACUAUGUUAAUCCACUUACUUUCACUCCGAUUAUCGCACUCUCACUUACACCGUCUACGGUAGAGAUUUAUCUCCCCGGCUUAUUCUCAGGCAGAGCUUUGCCUUCCUUACUUAUUUCCUUCUGUACUGAGGCUUGUCUCUCGGGCAGAGCUUCGGCCUGCUGAACGUUGGGAAACGUACUACGAAUUCGGGGCUCCGACGGCCCGCUUAUAUACUGUUAGGUUGUAGGGCAAGUGCGGAAGUGGUGAUGAGCGGGGGCCCUUCGGAAUUUUCCUUUAAAGUGCUAAUUAUGGCACCUUCCGGUGCUCUAAACAAAUUGAGCUCUGGUCACCUUGGCAAAGGGCCUCCGUUCAUCCUUAUGCCGUUUUUCAAACUUUGAAUUUGCCGCGCGCCGCCGAUUAAUUAAUCCGCAUACCGAUCCCUUGUUUUUCUCCCUAGAGUUCCGCUAUAUCGCGUCGAGUCACGUAGGCAUCGAACCUUCUAGAAGCUUCGCCGGAAUUUCUAUAAAUGCUAUAUUUCUCUCAUUUACAAUGCUUUUUACUGGUCCUGAUUGCCAUCGUGGCUACCGGUGGAGGCGCACAGCGCCCUCGCACGCGGCUGUGAUCGACGGUUCCCGUGGAGUUCACUCCUUCCACGGAAAUCGUUGAUGUUAGCUUAUUAUUCGUUAUUAUUAACUUGUUAUUAAUUUGGGACGAAAGCGGAGGCGCCAAGGAUUCGUCUGUUAUAGUGGCUGCCUCGGCUAUCGUCAAUUAAUCGCUUAAUUCUAUCAUUAACUUGGAAAAGAAGGAGAGCGAAUAUCUGCUAAUCACGUGUUGCGCGCGUGCUAGUAGCCGCGCCGCGCCAGUGAUACCUAUCGGGUGGGCAAUUACUACCGUUACUAACCACGUCAACGAAAAAUGUGCGCUGGACGUGACAAUAUCAACAAAUUGAGCCAAAUAUAACAAUGGAUAUUUACACAAACUAGUUG